AAAAUGCAGAGCACGCCCAACUACCUCUGGAAUAUGGACGAUGUGCUGGGCCAAGGGGCUACAGCCAGCGUGUACAAAGCCCGCAGUAAGAGAUCAGGGGAGCUGGUUGCUGUGAAGGUCUUUAAUAAUGCCAGCUACCUCAGACCACAGGAGGUGCAGAUGAGAGAGUUUGAGGUGCUGAGGAAAUUAAACCAUAAGAACAUCGUCAAACUGUUUGCAGUUGAAGAGACUACCCAGGGAAACAGCAAGCAGAAGGUGCUGGUGAUGGAGUACUGCUCACGUGGGAGCUUGCUGAGCGUGUUGGAAGAGCCAGAGAACUCCUUUGGCUUGUCUGAGUCAGAAUUCCUCAUCGUGUUGCAUUGUGUUGUGGCCGGCAUGAACCACCUUCGUGAGAACAGCAUUGUCCAUAGAGACAUCAAACCAGGAAACAUCAUGCGGCUGGUGGGGGAAGACGGGCAGAGCAUCUAUAAGCUCACGGAUUUUGGGGCCGCUCGAGAGCUGGACGAUGACGAGAAGUUUGUGUCGGUCUACGGGACAGAGGAAUAUCUUCACCCGGACAUGUACGAGCGAGCGGUUCUGAGAAAACCCCAGCAAAAGGCUUAUGGGGUGACUGUAGAUCUGUGGAGCAUUGGGGUAACCUUUUACCAUGCUGCUACGGGCAGUCUCCCAUUUAUCCCCUUCGGCGGACCUCGCAAGAAUAAAGAAAUCAUGUAUAAAAUAACGACCGAGAAACCCGCUGGAGCUAUCGCAGGUGUCCAGAGGCAGGAGAACGGGCCCAUUGAGUGGCGCUACGAGCUGCCCAUCACCUGCCAACUGUCUGUGGGGCUGAAGAGCCAGCUCAUCCCCAUACUGGCUAACAUUCUGGAAGUUGAUCAGGAAAAAUGCUGGGGCUUUGAUCAGUUUUUUGCUGAAACCACUGACAUCCUGCACAGGAUAGUGGUCCAUGUCUUCUCCUUGCAGCAAGCUACCAUGCACCGGAUCUACAUCCAUGCCUACAACACUACCACCAUAUUUUUAGAAGCUGUCUUCACGCAGACAAAUAUAGCCCCUCACCAUCAAGAAUAUUUUUUUGAAGGUCACCCGUAUCAAUUGGAACCCAGCUUGCAAGCUCACAAUUUCUCCAGAACCACAGAAAAUAGCCCACUGACCUUGCUGAGCAGUGUACCGGAGGAGCCCGUGGGAGUGAAAUUCAGAGAUCCGUCACAUGAGUUUCCAAAGUUUGUCCCAAAGGUUGAUGUCCUAGCUGACUGCAGCAUGGCAAAGGGUGUCCUGAGUGCCGUUCACCAGACACUGAAGAUCUCUCGGUCACUUUUGAAAUGUCAAGAGUUUAUUCUGAGAGGUCUUUACUGGGUGAUUGAGAGCCUGAAAGCCAAGUGCUCCCGUGUUGUGGAGAGAAGGGAAGCGGCCGUUUCGAUGCUGAGCGGCUUGCAGCAUACCGAGCUGAAGGCCUUCGUGUUGUAUGAGUCUGUUUCUGGAGGGAACGGUAGUCCAGAGCUGAAGGAUCUGGCUGAGGUGAAAACAAGGCUGCAGACUGUCACUGAAGACCUCACCAGAUGUUCCCACAGCAUCUCCGAACAUAAAGGGACAUUGGACUCUCUUUUGUCUGAGCUGGUAAAGCACAGGAAACAGGCACAUGAAGAUAGCAUCCGGCAGAUGGAGUGCUGCCUCGAGAAGAUGCAGCUCAUAUACAAGCAAUUCAAGAAGACCCGGAUGAGUCCGCGGCUAGCCUACAAUGAGGAACAAAUACACAAGCUGGAAAAGAUGAAUUUAGGGCAUUUGGCCAAAAAGGUCUUGUCGAUUUUCCAGGAGGACUGCGUACAGAAAUAUCAAGCUAUUCUGGCCAUCCAUGGGAACAUAACUAGGGACGUUUGGGAGAUGAGAGAACAUUUGAAGAAACUCAGCAACUCUAUAGCCGCUUGUAAUGUGGAGAUGAUGGGAUGCCAGGAGUGCCUCCAUAAUGCUUUGGACAGAUUACCUCAGAGAAUCCUGUGGGAGAAACCAAAUUUGACCCAGGUCUCUUCUGCUCCCCCACCAAUUUACAUGAAUCUAGUCGAUCAGGAGAUGGUACUUAGAAUGAAGGAGCUUCGGGAGCAAAUGAAACUGGUAGCGAAUGACCUCCAGAGCAACAACAGCAUCAUUGAGCGGUUAAGUGGGGUUGUGUCCGCUCCAGAUGUUUGAGGGAGAUGUGAUGGAUUUGGAGCUGCUGAAAUAGUGUUUUGUUUUUUGUUUUUAAAUUAUCUCUCGCACUUUGGGUCAAGAUCAAUGGAGAACUUCAGCUCAAAGACAUCACCUUGUCCUACCUCUCUGCUCCAGCACUUUGGCACAGUUCACCAGCAUUAGCCUUACCUGGGCUGCAAACCUCAAGUGCUUGAAUACUGGCAGUGUCCCUAAUGUUGUUCAGACGUUGCCCUGUUUGGGUUUCCUUUGAGAAAAUGGAUUGUUUCCAGUAUUUUACAUUUCUUUCUUGUUCCCAUCGAAUUGCUGACUUCAUCCUGUAUCAAGGAGGCCGUGCUCUGUUAGAUGAAAUGGGUUAGAUUAAAUCAGCAUCUUUAAGCCACUUUACAUCUCUCCCACCCAUGGAAUACAAGCAGAAGUCUCUGUAAUUUGUGACUCCAGCAGAAAGAUGAUUUUUCCAUUGCAUGAUCUCCUGGGUUCUUUAUCCUUGUCAAUUUUGAUCAUCAUGGGUCCUUUCCAGUGUGAGCCAUGUGCAGGAAGGAUAGUGGACUCAAUGGAUCAGAGAUCUGCUCCAGUAUGGAAAUAUUCCCUCUUUCAACUGGGAGAAGGUGGAAUAUGGGCAAUGCAGAAAUCAACAGCACCAAAUCUUCGAAGAGCUUCGCUUUGGAGUAUAGCUGUUGUCAGCUGUCUGCUGGAGACUGACUGGACCAUCUGGUUGUGUUCUGUCACUUCCUCUCCACCUAAGUCGCAUAUGUUCUGAUUACCGAUGGCCAUAAGAAUAUGAAACAAUCGGAAGCUUCGCUUGCCGUGUCUUGUAGGUCCGUUUCCAGAGCGAUACAUGAACUCUGUGCUUAUAUGCACAUGCGCGCACACGCUCCCUGAGAAAUUGCAUAUUAAAGAUAUUGUGUAAAAUCCUUGAACGUGACAUCCAUGGACUGCAUCCAAACGCAUCUUUACAAGUGAGAGAGGGUGAUUUUUGUUUUGGGAUGAGCCGUGGAAGUCAAUGCCAAGCGGACAGCUGAUCUAGCUGUAAAAUGCUGAAUUAUUCCAGAGAACGCUGGUCCGAUUGGCUUAUUGGCGAUUUAAUUUAAAUUUGUUAGAUUGGCAUCCCAGAAGGGACAAAGUGAAAAACGUUCAAAAGUGACUUGGAGACCUAAAUUAUAUUUUCAAAAGGGACUUGGGCACUUGGGAGCCUGAAUCUUAUUGAAAGUUAAUGGAACUUCAAGCUCUUAAGUGCCCGAGUCACUCUUGACAACUGGGCUUUGGUUCCUAAAUCACUUAGGCACCAUUGAACAUUUAUUCACAGAAAGCUAUACACAUGAAACAGAUGGUAUAAAAAUAACUCUUUCUGGAAUAAUUUCACUACUCACUAAGUGUUAUCAUUCCUUGGCCACAUGGGCCAGAUUCACAGCUGGUGUCUCCAUUGGAGCUUCACUGAUCUACACCAGCUUCAUGAUCUGGCCCUAUGAAUUUCAAUCUUGUUUUCGAUCAGGAAUCUCUUCUUUCUUGAGUCUCCGCUUUUAACUGCUACCAGAGUUAAUGAGAGCUGUGUGUGUGUGUGUGUGUGUGUGUGUGUAUCUAGGUCCCAUGUAUGUGAUAGCAGAACACUGACUACCCGAAUGCUUCACUCUCUAAACCUUCUUUUCUAAUACACUGCCCUGGUACCCUCUUGGCUCCCUGUCCCUUGACUCUGAUUACUCAAAUAAUCAGUGAUCCAAGCGUAUUUGGUGGUACAGUUGAUCUGGAUCUGACAGUGUAUUUGAUGCAGAGAAGGCAUCUCUUUAAUGCAAACCAAAUGUAAACACAGGAAUGGUCUGGUUUGUUUGGAGAACAACUUGUAAAUGGAACUCGUUUGCUUGGUCAUGUCUGUGGUGUGUUAACGUCCACAUGAUAAUGGAAUAAAAUGGUUACAGAAA